CUUGACGUGGACGUCGCGCAGGUAUGCGUACUAUUUGAAGGAAGUCAUCGCGUCCACACCAGCGCCCGCUCCCUUCGUUAUGUGGUACUUGUGGCGCCACCGUAUCUGCCACUUCGGUGUCGUCGACACUCCUACAAGGGACUUGAAUGAAUCGUCUGUCACGGCUGCCUUGGAAAGCCUAAUGAUUGCGGAUAAAGUCACGGACCAGCACAGAGCUAAAGGUUACGUGUGCAUCACCGUUUUUGCGGCAGUCAUUCCGGAUGACACGUGGGAAAACUACUACCUCGACGCAUUUCCGAAUAUCUUCACACCGCAACUGUUCAUUGCUCUGGGACAUUACGAAUGUGGCGACAACACGUUUCAAGACUGUCACGUCGUUCCCCCGACGCUUCUGAGCAGGCCUGCGCAGCUCUCUGCAGCCAACAGUAGCUACCAGCACGACAUGACCGUGACAGCCGACAGCGUAGGCAAGAUGGCUGCCCGAGGUGUGAAAGCGGUCUGGGCGAUUUCCGUUACCAUGAAAGGCCGCUGGACGGUGCCCGAAGAAACGGAGACGCCUGGUUUCCUCUGUGCUUGUGCGUACGACCCCGAAGCCAAAUCCUUCGGCAGCUACGCAGAGCUGUGCACGGUCAAAGCGCGGCACACGUCCAUCGACAUCGGCAUCGCUGUUUUCGAUGUCGACUACGAAGACUUCGACAACGUGUGCGCUAGAACGAACUGGGGAGGAAAAUUCUCCAGACUGAGAGCGGUCCAGCUGCUGCUAAACUUCUUCAGGACAAAGUUCAGUGACCCUUCGGCCAAUGAUACCUGUCUGGGCCUCAUUACGUGACGGGGGCCUGACGUAUGUUCUCAAACACGCGUUAUUUCUGAGAUAUUACAGUGAACGUUCGAGCGAAACGGGAAUAAGAAGACAAUAAUAGUGAAAUGAACUAGCCUGAUUCGGGCAUUAUGACUUUUAGAACAUGCA